CGCUCGAAGCGGCUGUGCUUCUAGACCGGCUUGUCGUGCUAGCGUUGCAUGACGGCGGGCUUCCACGGCGGCGCAUGCCGUCCCUAACGAUGCCGGCAGCUUGUCGCGCUCGUGGGGAGAAUUGCGAGGAGCUAGGGUGGAAACGAGGAGAGUGGCAAGUAGCUGCGCUUCGUUCGCCGGGAAGCCUCGAAGCUUGACCCAUGAAGUCACGUGUACCGAAAUCAAAAGCCUGCGAUUAUUGGCCGACCUCACCAAUUUUAGCCUCAGCCUUCUGUUCCUCACCUUCACUCUUUGCACCCUCUACCUUUUCCAUCCAUACCCCGCGAAAUCGGACGUGGUUCCGAUCUGUGGCUGGGCCGGCUUUAUGCUGCGGGUUCAAGCCGCCUUCCAGCCUUUCACCGGCAAGCACAGCCUUGUAUGCUAUGCUUAUCUUACUGAUGUUGUUGUCUUUACUGGCUGGCAGGAUCUUCUGGGCAUUCUAGGAUCAUUUCCCUUGCAGCAUAUGCCAGCGCGUCUGUACUGCGCCUGC